AUGGCUGAAAAAGAUAACUCUCAAAUUGAUAUGGAAACUAAGAUAUUACUUUCAAAAAUGGAUCAUUUCAUUGCUAAAUUACAAGAAAAAAGUGAUCAGUACUCCAAAGAAAUCAUUGCUGGCAAGUCGUUCCAGAUAGAAAUUGAAGCAUUGGUGACAGCAAGAAAAAAUCUUGAUCAAGAAAUACGUGCAAAGAUUGACAAAGCAAUGCAAUGGCUGAAUCAGAAGAUUGAUAAAUUCAAGACAGAAGAAGACAGUCAUGAAAAUAAAGGGCUGGUUGUUGCAAUGCCGGUUUCAAGCAAGUCCAAUCUUACAAGAAGCAGCUCUCUAGUAGCCCGUGGAUCAGACGUGGUGAAUUUCUUACAACGCUUUUCUUCUGAUCGCUGUAAGUCUAGCUUUCAAAGGAGCUUUGAGCAACAGAUGAAUACUGCUCUUGGAAUUUCAGCGGAUGCCUUUCCUGGUUCUUUGAAUCCCUUACCUGAGGAUAUUGAGCGAGUCAAGGCUGAUCUAUAUGAAGGCUUGGACAACGCCAGGUAG